AUGAGGCAAAAAAAGGCUUAAAUCUUAGCUGUUUUAGUUAUCGCCUUGGCAAUAACUUAAAUUGAAGCUAAAUAUGCCCAUAAUGUUGGUGUAACUGAUUGGACUAGUAAAAAUAUAGGUGUUAUUAGCUAAGCAAUUAUAGAUAGAUCAUCUAUUUACUUCCUUGGCAAAUCUGGAUUGUUUGGACAUAUGAGCAGAGAAACAGGUUAAAUACAAGUUAGUCAUGGUAUUGAUGAUGAAAGAAUUAUCUCCUGGAAGAGUUAAGAUGAAGAAUAUAAUGAAAAGAUUUUAGUUUAAGAUAAGUCUGGUAUUUUCGCAUAUAAUGUUGUUAAAUCUAAAUUCGAUUAAAUCAAUGUAGAAAACAACAUAGCAAAGAUGCUUGAUCAUUCUUUUAUUAGUCAAUCAACUUUAUUGGUACUUACACAAAAAGAGCUUAUGCUUGUCUCCAAAUCAAGUGCUGAAACACUUUUGUAGGCCUCUGAAAAUUAAGCUUUUAUUAAGUUAAUCAAAUCCUCUUAAAAUCACUAUGUUUUAAUCCUAAGUAACAACAACAAGCAAGUUUGUGUUCAAACUAUUUUAAAGGAUGACCUCCUUAACAAAAAAAUAUCAAUGCUCUCAAAUGAAAAGCAGAAGUGUUGGGAAUAAUCUUCUGAAGAUUUGAAGCCAUAAGAUCUUGAAAAUAUUUUAAUCAGCGCUAAUUAUGUUAUUUUCAAAUCUUAAGCUUACUAUUUCAAAGCUAGCAAAUUCAUUUCAAUUCCAGAAUUGCAAAAGGAAGAUAAAAUUCAUUUAGAUUACAAGACAGGAGUCUUUGUUAUUACAAGAGAUAAUUAAGCAAGUUUUUAUGUUUUAGAAGAGGAUUCAUUCUAUUUAAUCUACAAGUUCGAUGAAUAGGGACUCUUCACUUUUUCAUUCGAUCAUCAAAUAGCUAACAAGAAAACUUUUACUUUUAUGGCUUACAUGCAAAACAACAAUUCAUGCAAGUUACUCCAAAUAAAUUUAGAAAAUCCAAAGAUGUAAAAGCAAGCUGUUUUGAUAACUGAAUUCAACAACAAAGUCGCUGAAUCACAACCUUCUAAAUUUUGGUUGAAAUCUAAGGAUGGACAAGAAUUGUUAGUUUAAAAUAAAGACUUAAGAACUUAUUACUUAGUUUUAUCAAGCGUUUAACCUGAAGUACCAGGAAGUGGAGAAAAGUGGUUCAGAGAAGAUGGAUUGGCUCUUUUAGAUGGUCUAAUUAUGAUCGAUUACAAUUAGGUUGAAAAUAAAAAAGUUAAUUCUUAUUACGAAUCACUUGAUAAGAAUGGAGUUAACAAUCCUAUCUUUUUAAUUCCUAAUUUAUUGAAGAGAUUUACUUCAGAAAUAUAAAGUGCUAUUACUUAUUUCAAAUAGAACUCUUCUUCUAUCUUGAAUUUCUUCUAAAAGCUUAUCAAUGUAAGAAGUAUUUAGGAUAUAAGUGCCUUAAACAAGCUUAUCACUUCAGAUGAUGAGUAUGAUGUCACAUAUGGACUUAAGAAAGUAGUUAUAGCUGUUAAUAAGAACAGGACUAUAUAUUCUAUUGAUUCUAAGACUGGAGAAGUUAUCUGGAAGACAUCCUUCAUUGCCAAAUAUGUCACUCCCGACUAUAACUUCCAUGGAUUCUUUUAGAUUGAAAAUAGAAACGGUGAUACUAUUUCUGAAUAGACUUGCUUUAUUUACCACUCCCCAGUCACAACUAAGCUUUUCAUUUUUACCGCUGAUCCCUUAACUGGAAACUUAAACUACGUUGGUAGACAUUUAAUGAAGUAAGUAAAGAACAUUUUCAAGAUUCACAUCAACACUCCUAAAGUAUAACAAGCAAUAGCUAUCAUUGAUUAAGAUUUUAAUAUUUAUGGAUAUCCUUCAGAAGUUGCCAACCCUUUAGCUGAAGAUGCUCAUGAUAACAUCUUUUACUUACAUGAUAAAGAAACUAAUAUCAUCAAUGGAUUCAAAUAUAAUAAGGGAAAAUUCUUCAAGAUUUGGAAUUAUUCUCUCUCAUCUAAAGAAUAAUUGGUUGAUAUCCAAAGCUCUAACAAAGAAUAAAAUCAUCCAAAAAUUGCAUUGUUUGAUGAUACUAAAGUCAUUCUCAAGCAUAUUGAUUACAGUAAUAUUGCCAUAUUGACAAAGAAAGAAUCAUCAGAUUCAGUUAAUGGAAACGGAAUUUUAACUUUGACAAUCCUCAACUGCAAAACUGGACGUUAAAUUUACAGCUAAUACGAAAAAAGUGUUAAUUUGAAAUACCCUAUUAAUUUAAUUUACGAUGAAAACGGUGUUUUUGUCAGCUAUUACAACCCUGUUUACUCUAUCUUCCAAAUUUGGACUGUCGAACUCUUCUCUAAAAAGAUGGAAAAUAACUUCGUCUCUAUGUUACAAAAUUAUUACUUUUCAGAAAGUGGAGCUAAGUAUGAAGAUUUUAACUAUUUGAAUGAAAAUAUGGACAUCAUAGCCCUUGAAUAAAAAUAUGGCUAUAGUUUAGGUAUCAAGAAGAUGGCUGUGGUAACUACUAAGUUAAGCUUAACAAAGCGUAAUUUAAUGAUUAUCACUCCCAAUAAUCAAAUUCAUUCAUUGGAUCGUGACAUCCUUUCAACACGUAGAGCAGUUAAAUUACCCAAAGAUAAUCAGUUGCAAAAUGCUUUCUCAUUUGAAAGUACUACUUUACCUCCUUACAAUUAUAUGGUCCCAAUUGAUAGAUUGAGUAUCAUAUCUUAUCAUGCAAAUUUAAAUGAUAUCAAAGAAAUAUAUUUCUCUGGCUCUAAUUUAGAAUCCACAAUUCUCUUCGUAGCCUAUGGCAACGACGUCUUUAUGAGUUCAAUUGCUCCAGAUAGAACAUACGAUAUGAUCAAUGAAGAUUUCAACUACAUUUUGGUUACCCUUUCAAUAAUUAUUUGUUUUGUGGGUGUUUUCAUUGCUAAAAAAUAUGCAUCCUAAUCCAAUCUCCACAGAUUGUUUGAAAACAAGGAAAUAGUAACACCUAUGUGA